AGUUUAUAAAGUUUCAACUUCAAACAACAUGAACUGCUGUGUUGUACUGGUGAAUUGAGCAGCAUCAUCAUCACUCUUCACUUUCUUACUUUAUGCAUAAAUUUUGGCCUGAACUGUGAAUUUGAGAAGUCUGAGAUGACGCACUUCCCCUCUCUGCUAACAGACAGAUCUUAGAACAAGUUGUUUCCUGAAUAUAACAGUCAUAUAGCACACAAGCGGCUUGAAACACACGUGGGAGCCUACAUGUGCUCAGUUAGGGGAGAAAAAUAACCUCAAACAUGUCGCAGAGUGCCAACGGCAGCAGUAUAGACAAUAACACACUGUCUAUACUUCAAACCAAAUGGACUAGUGACCUUAUGUCAGCCGUCUAUGUCAUCGUGACUCUGGUGAACAUCUGUGGGAAUGGCCUUUCCAUGUGGCUGCUGUUGUUCCGCACCUUCCCGAAGACCCCUUCCAUCAUCUUUAUGAUCAAUCUUACCAUCACUGACCUGUUACUGGGCUUAGCACUCCCUUUCCAGAUCAUGUACCAAGUGCAAGGCUACAACUGGACGCUGGGUUCAAGCAUGUGCAAUGUACUCACAGUCACCUUCUUUGUUAACAUGUAUUGUUCCAUUCUGACAAUGACGGCUAUCAGUGUUGACCGCUACAUGGGUAUUGUGAGACCUAUGCACUUCAGACAGGCAAAUGUGAAGAUCAGGAAUGCAAUUUUUGCAUGCAUGGCUAUGUGGGCUAUAGUUCUGGCAGUUCUCAGCCCAUUGGAGAAGACGGAUCUGACGUAUAAAGUGCAAGAGCUCAACAUCAUCACUUGCUUUGACAUUCUAAAGAAGGACAUGCUCCCAUCAGUCGCACACUGGGCAGCCUUCCUGUUUGCCAUGUUUGGCGUUCUGUUCCUCUGUCCCUUCAUCAUAACAGUGUACUGCUACAUCAGGAUCAUCUGUGCUCUCAUCAAAAAUUCCAAAAGCAUCCAGAAAGGGCGUGCUGUUCGCCUGGCCUUUAUUGUCUUGUUUGUGUUUAUUUUCUGUUUUGCGCCCAACAACAUAUUACUCUUGGCCCACACAGUCACAAAGCUUUACUUUAACAAAUCUCUCUACAUGUACUAUAAGCUCUCCCUGUCACUUAGCUGCAUCAACAGCUGCCUGGAUCCAUUCAUCUACUAUUUAGCCUCAAAGGAUUUCCGUCGAAAGAUGAGACAGAUGUUGGGGCUGCAAAACCUCAGCACAGUGGAUAUGGAAAUGAGUGAAGGCCGCAGAGAAAGUUUCCAUUCGGGUCGCACAGGUUCUAUUGGAAAAGCAGAUGCUAAGUACACAGAAAGACCUAUUAUUCGGGCCAAUUCAAUCGUAUAGUUUUCAAAAUGUUAUGUAUGAUUUUGCACCCGCUUUUACUUCUCAUGUUUUUUGUUCAGUUUUCACUUUCUUUAAGUAUGAAGAGGAAGCCAGCAUGCUCAUGUGAUAUUUCUAAUGAAAUCCCACAUUUGUGCAGUGAGCCUUCCUUCCUCAUUGUAGAGAGUGCUUUAACCAUGCUUUUACAUCUAAUAUUUAAACAGUGUGUUCUAUAUGUUUUUGUAGCAUUUGUAUAUUUUUCCACUCAUUCCCUGCGGCCACUCUGUGUAUACCAGGUGACUACAUUGAACUAUAUUGCAAUUAUUUGGAAGUUUUGUCCCUACAUUUUUAAAUAUUUUGUUAUGCACAGUUCCAGAAAUAUUAUUUGAUUAACAUGCACUUUUAAGGCUCUCUGGGUUUUAUAUUGUAGCUCUUACUAAAACAUUCUAGUUAGAUUUAUUUACUCGCUUUAGUUAAUUUUCUUUUAAAGCUCAUUAUUUUAUGGCAACAAAUGUGUUUUUGGAUAACAUUGCAUAUGAAUUACUUUCUACCCCACAUGAUGAGGUAUCGUGGAAAACUGUGGACUUCACAAUAAAUGUUGCUCAUUUAAAUAAAGCAUUUUUUUCCUAAAGUA